AUGGGCUGCGCAGCAGGGAUCCCGAUCCAACCUCAAGAUGCCAGUGCACAGGCACAGCAGAGACAGCCGCACCUGGGCCAGAAGCUGUCUACGACCAAGCAGCUUUGCGCGACCUCCAUGCAGCAGAAGCCUCCUUUGUGGGUUGAGUCCUCCUGGGAUUCGGCCUCUUGGAGGGAUCUUCCGAAAGGCACACCUCUUCCGCCGAAUCGGAUCAUGCACCAAAACCACCUGAAGAUCUUGAACAAGUUCAGGAAAGAAGUCGAAGUUCAUCCGAAAGUGUUCAGUGACAUUGUCACUGCGCGGCGGCAAACCAGCUGUGACUGA